CCUUUUCCGGAUGCUUCUGGAACCCGACCUUGCUGCUUCCCAUCCCACGAGUAGUCUCUCCGUCUCUCGGCUCUUCCAGAAGCUCCCAUCCACCUCACCCGAUUCCUUUCUCUCUCUCCUACCCCUCUCGUCAACGAAUGCGCAGCGGAGGCCGAUAGCGCGUCGAGUCGGCCCAACGGUAACCCGUGAUUGAUCGGGCGGUGCUGACGUGGCGGAGGCCCUGGACGGCGGAGAUGUGCUGGUCCGGUGGUCUCUCGAACGGGAGAAGGGCGGCCGUCCGAUCGGCGUUUCCGCUUGCGCUGGGGCGAAGCCGGUGGACGUGGCUCCGCCGGUGUCCUCGUCGGUUUCGAAUUCCAGCUAUAAAAGUUUCCACGCCACGCCCAACGUCUCUUUCUCUCUCUCAAGAAGCCUUCUUUCUCUCUCCCACUCUCUCUCAAGAAGCCUUCUUUCGCUCUCAGUUCUCUUGCUUCCUGUGAUCGAUAAUGGAGGAUCGAUCAAUAGCUCGCCUCGGUUGCCUGCGCUCGCCAGCUUGUUCUCUGAUGAAUCGGACGGAGAUUUGCGACAGAUUCAUCCCGGUGAGGUCUGCAAUGGAUUUCGAUGUGGCCCAUUUCUUGCUAACAAAGCAGAAGAUAAAAAAAGAGAACAUUCAUAGGUCUUCCUGCUCGAGCGAGUAUUACCAGAAGCUUCUUUCAGAAUGUUGCCUAAAGAAUAGGACCCGAAUACUCAUAUUCAAGAGGAAGCCCCCAGCACCGGUUAAAGAGUUUUUUGAAGAUGUCUACUUUGAUUCUUCUUGUAAGUCCAGUGUAGUGAAACAGUGGAGGCACAUACCCAAGCAUGCAGAGAGGACAUUAGAUGCCCCAGAUCUCAUAAAUGAUUACUAUCUAAGUCUGCUUGAUUGGGGGAGUAGCAAUGUCUUGGCGAUUGCCCUUGGGAAUGCAGUUUAUUUGUGGAAUGCCUCUAAUGGGUCUAGUUCAGAGCUUAUGAGUGUGGAAGCAGAUAAUGGGCCUGUUACUUGUGUCAGUUGGUCUCCAGAUGGGCAGGUGCUCGCCAUUGGCUUAAACAAUUCUCGGGUCGAGUUGUGGGAUCCAAGAGCUAGCCAAAGGUUGAGAACUCUGCGGGGGGCUCGUCGAUCACGUGUUGGAUCAAUUGCUUGGAAUGAUCACAUUUUGACGACUGGGGGAAUGGAUGGCAUGAUAAAGAACCAUGAUGUGAGAGUGCAAAACUGCACUCUUCAUAACUUCAGAGGGCACAAGCAAGAAGUUUGUGGGCUAAAGUGGUCGCUAUCAGGUCAAAAAUUGGCAAGUGGGGGGCGUGAUAACCUCAUGCACAUAUGGGACAUAUCAAUGGCCUCUGCAAAUCAUCCUCCAACUCGGAAUCAAUGGCUUCAUAGAUUUAAUGAUCAUACUGCUGCUGUAAAGGCCCUCACAUGGUGCCCGUUUCAGCACAAUCUGCUUGUAUCUGGGGGUGGUGGGACUGACUGGUGCAUUAAAUUCUGGAACACCCAAACUGGAGACCUCUUAGAUUCAGUGAAUACUGGUUCCGAAGUCAGUGCACUGUUAUGGAGUAAAAAUGAAAGGGAGCUGUUGAGCUCACAUGGUUUUCCUAAUAAUCAACUCACCCUGUGGAAGUACCCAUCCAUGACUAAGAUUACGGAGCUUAUAGGUCAUAUAUCACCAGUUCUUUCCAUGGUUCAGAGCCCAGAUGGUUGCAAGGUAGCAUCUGCAGCAGCAGAUGAGAGGCUUAACUUUUGGAACAUUUUUGAGACCCCGGAGGCACCAAAGCAUGCAGCUAAAACAGCAGAUGCAGGGCCAUUUGUCAGUUUCAGUCUUAUCAGGUGUUUCCUUGUGUUUCUGCAAUCUCUGGUAACUUCUACCAUCCAAAUUUUGUUGCGCAAUAACUGUUCCCAGAAAUGAAGCAUGAGCAACAGAAUUUGAGGGGGAAAAAAGAAUUGAGGGAAAAAAAUCACAAGUGGGAACCAUUUACAUUUUCUUCUAUUAAAUGCAUUAUCUGCAAACAAGGUGGAAAUUAAAAAGGUUUAGGAGCUGUAGUCUGCAGUGUUUAGAUGCUGUCCAAAGUUGUACCACAGAAAAUGCUUGUCAAGGUACUAGCAAAUUCUUCACCAAAAUCCAUAUCUGUGAAGCAUUUUUUGAGCA